UUGGCGGCAUUUGCGCUGCGCAUUCAGAAACGACUUCAACAGGCCCGAGCAGCCGAGUUUGCCGAGUUUGAAAAGUAUAUUUGGAAUAGGAACAGUUGGCAGCUAAAGAUGAACAUCAUGCAAACACUGGGCGCCCUGCUGCUGCUGCUUGGAUUGGCCACAGCCAUCGAGGGCGCACCCCAGGGGCGCAUUCUGGGCGGCGAGGAGGCGCUGACCACGGCGGCACCUUACGCAGUCUCCCUGCGCAUCGACAAUGCGCACGUGUGCGGAGCCAGCAUCCUGUCAGAGACACAGCUGCUGACCGCCGCCCAUUGCGUCUAUCGGGAUGGCAAACAGAUCGAUGUCAGCCGCUUGUCGUGUCGCGUGGGCAGCACCAAUCAAUACGCGGGUGGUCGUAUUGUUACCGUUGCUGCCGUCACGCCACAUCCGGACUACAAUAAGCUGGACAACAAUCUGGCGAUCAUAACGCUGAGCAGUCCGCUUGUGUUCACCGAACGCAUCCAACCCAUUGAGCUGGUCGAUCAGAGCGAGCCGCUGCCCGAGGAUGGCGCUGUGGUCAGCGUAGCUGGCUGGGGCACCACAGUCGAUGGCAUUGCCUCCUUUAAGAUACGUCAGCUGGACUUGCAGCUAGCCACGAGCGCGGCUUGCCUGGAUGCGUACAGUGAGCUUGAAGCUAGCAAAGGCUUCUGCCUGGCCCAUGCCCUCAAGGAGGGCACCUGCUAUGGCGACGGCGGCGGCGCAGCUGUCUACCAGGGCAAGCUGCUGGGCGUUAGUAAUUUUGUGGUGGGCGCCUGCGGUUCACGGUAUCCGGACGUCUUUGUGCGCAUUUCCGGCUACCAUGACUGGCUGCUGCAGCAGCUCCAGAAUUAACUUAACCAAGCCCAAGCCCAAUCGAUACAAAGAUCAAAUACAUGCCUAUAUAUAACCCCAAGAUAUAUUGAAGAUGUUAAA